AUGGCUGACGACGCUUUCCUAGAGAGUAUAGCUGCUUCUAGUGAGGAGAGCUUACCUGUUCUGGAGGAGGAGGAGGAGGAAUAUGUGGAUGUGGUAGAGCAGGAGCAGGGGAGCUCAUCGUGGGAGAGGGUAGAGGAGGAUGAUGAUGAUAGCGAGGUUGAAUUGGAGGUGUUGGAGAAGAAGGGAAAUGCUGUUGAUGCGGUAGAGGAGGAAUCAAGUGAUGAUGAUGAUGAUGAUGAUGAUGAUAGCGAGGUCGAAUUGGAGGUGUUGGGGAAGAAGGGAAAUGCUGUUGAUGGGGACGAGGAGGAAUCGAGUGAUGAUGAUGAUGAUGAUGAUGAUGAUAGUGAGGUUGAAUUGGAGGUCUUUGGGAGGAAGAAGGAUGUUUCGGGUGGGGAAGAGGAGGAGGAGGUGGUAGUUGUUGAG